AUGGCAUCGUCUGGGAACGGUGAGGUCGCUUCAGCGGCUGGGGAACCAAAGGUCGUUCUUCAUUGGCUCGAGGUUUCUCGCUCUCAGAGGAUCUUGUGGCUGUUCGAGGAGCUCGGAGUCCCCUAUGAGCUCAAAACCUACAAAAGGAACAAGGAGCUGCUCGCCCCUCCGGAGUUGAAAGAAGUACACCCGCUCGGCAAGUCCCCCGUUGUCACCAUUGAGAUCCCAGGCUCUACCACACCGCUAGUGCUCGCUGAGUCCGGAGCGAUCGUGGAAUACUUUUGUGAUCACUAUGAUGGCAAAGAGAAGGCCCUGGUUCCUCCGCGAUACAGGGCAGGUAAAGACGGUCAGAUUGGAGGCGAGACCGAACCCUGGCUACGAUAUAGAAUGCUGAUGCACUAUGCCGAAGGCAGCAUUAUGCCAUUCAUGGUUCUAUCACUGAUCGUCGGAAGUAUCCGAAACGCGCCGGUCCCCUUCUUUAUCAAGCCCAUCACAAACAGUGUCGCGGGCAAGAUUGAGUCAGGCUAUCUGCAAAGGAACUUCAAAUCUCAUUACGACUUUCUUGACAGCCAACUUUCGACUUCUCCCGACGGUGGAGACUACUUCUGCGGCAAAGAACUCACGGCUGCAGAUAUCAUGCUUUCAUUUCCGCUCGAAGCUGGCCAGAGUCGAACGGGUUUCACCGCGAGUCAGUAUCCAAAAAUUUGGGCUUAUAUCGAUCGAAUCCACCAGAGAGACGCCUACAAACGUGCUGUUGCCAAAAUUGUGGAGGUGGAAGGCGAUUUCAAGACGACGCUGUAG